CUCUUCCUCUGAUUUGCCAACACACAUGGAUGUGGAGAAUUUCGUCGACGAGCAGAAGUGAAGGACAUGCAGUUCCUUUCUUUACCCGGACUCAGUGUCUUCCCGCGUUUUUCGAAGGACUGUCUCCGCGCCUUCGUGACGGCGCGUCGUGGACCGUCUGAUCUCUUCCUUCCUUCCAAACUCCUUCAGCCCCACGGGCAAUUGUUUCCAAUCUUCUCAGCUCCUCGCUGGCGCAGAUCUCGUCUCUGCUCGUCCGCGUACAGCUCUGCUGUCGUUUCCCCCCAGUUCUCGCGCCACAUUCGCAUGCCCGGCGUCACGGAAUCUACGGGCCCUGUUUGACCGUUUCUUGGCCUUUGCAUCUUUGCCUUUUCCUCGUACAUCUCAGAGGAAAUUGCGCAAGCGCUUGCAUACUGGUUCCCUGAAGCUACGCGACCGGCUCUGUGAAUAUCGCUGCAUCCUCCACACAGGUCGUGUCAGGCUCCCAAGGCAGCUGACGCAGAGCCUGGACGCAAAGUAGAGCACACUGCCUGCUUUGUUUCUCCAGGUCUUGUGGACUCCAGUUUUCGAGUGUUCUUUCGUUGGUUCGCGCUUCUUUAGUGACUCCACUGCAAAGAGAAGGGAGCGGCCUGGCUUGUCCGCGUUUUCUGAAACCAGCUUUCUUUCCGCUCGUCUCUCGAAGAAUCAAACCCCGAGACACCUCGUCUCGGCGCUUGUGUGAACAAGUGUGCAUGCGUCUGUCGUCGACUGCUACUUUAGUCUCGCGUUACGCAGAGAGAAAGUAGGCCAGGAGGCGAAGGUGACGGUCUCGCCCCGCCGACGGCAUUCUUGUUCUCUCGUUCCCUGUCCAUCCCUGCAUGUGACUGGCGACGAUGUCCAACUCGUUUCUGUAGAGUGUCUGUCUGUGCAUCUCUGUGGUUUCCUUCUCCCGUCGCAGGAAGCCUGUCAUCCGCGAGGGGUCAUGUGUGCAUUUGCCGUCGCUCCUCUCGCUCUAUCGACUCCGUUACUUGCAUGAGCUUCUUUCCGACUGGUUGCCUCAGCGAGUCUGUCUUUUCUUUGUGCCUCCGCCGUUUUGCGUCGCUUGGGUUGCCUUCUUGUCGCUCCUCACGUCUGUCUCCUUCCCGGUUUCUUUUCCUCUCCUCGAGUCACCUGAACGCUCUCCGUUCUUUGCUGCCCGGUCCACGCUUUGCUGUGAGCUCUGUGGCGUUUCCUCCCUUCGCUGCCCAUGCCUCGGACGUCUACACUCACGUUCGUGUUGGUUUCCAAGUCCUUUAUUGACCGGAACUCUGGGCAGCCCCGGCCGAUUGUCUGGGAAAGCGUACUCGCGUCGCCGCCUUCCUCAGUGCGCAGGUCUCCUCUCCAGCUCUUCUCUGGCCUCUCACUCGUGUGUCUCUGUCUUCUCUCUCAAGGCCAGGCGAAGUAGACAGGGGGAAAAGGCGACCAGGACCAGGAGACAACUGGCUACACAGAGAAAGCUGACAAACGGAACAGGGGACCAGCAUUUCCGCCACGCGGGGGGCCUCCGGAUCACUUCGCGAACUCAUCGAGAUCGGGAGAGAGCGGAGAAGCAGCAGGUGUGCUGGAGCCUGAGCGCUUCCACUCGACAAAGUCCCGCUUUCGCUCCGCCACAAAAUGAGCGCGGCACCUGCAGCCGGAGGCGCGCCCGGGGACCUCCAGGCACUCGCGGCCCAGCUGCCUCUCGCGUCAUUGUUGGAGGAGACGCUGGCUGCAAAUCCAGCUGCCAUUCGAUGCGCAGAGGAGGAACUACAGAGACGGAGCGGUACUGAAGCUUUUGCCAAAGACUUGCUUCUCCUCCUCGUCGGGGCUGAGGCCUCUUCCGCUGCGAAACAGGCUGGCGCGAUCUACUUCAAAAACUACAUUCGGCGGCUGUGGGACGUGGAUCCGCAGCAGGGCGGGAUCAGCGAGGCGAACCGCGUGUUGGUGAAGGAGCAUCUGCUGUGUCUGCUGCUGGCGCCUUCGACGGAGAAGCGCGUGCAGAUGCAGUUGGCGGACGCCUUGGCGCGGAUCGCGGAGACAGACUUGCCGCUGGACUGGCCGACACUGCUCCCGGAACUGAGCCAGAAGCACCUGGUCCCGACGGUGGCUUCGCUGCAACAGAGUCCAUCGGUGGCGGAAAAGAAGGCGCAACUACAGCAGCAGGUGGCUGCCCUGGAGAUUCUCCACGCGGUCUUAAAGAAGUACCGAGCGGCCCUCCGCUCCGACGACGUGCUUCUCGAGCUUCAGCAAGUCCUGCCCGCCACCCAAGAGCCGCUGCUCCAGGUAUUUGGGACUGCGCUCAAGCUCCUCGAGCUCGCGAUCCAAGAAAGUGUCACGGGCGAGCCAGGCGCGGCUGUGAACGGCGGGAAGGCCAUCGCGAAUGGCGCGGAGCUGCUUGAGGUCCUGCUUCUCGCCUCCAAAGUCUUCUUUUCCCUCAACACCGUCGACUUGCCUGAAUUCUUCGAGGACCACCUUCGAGACUUUGUCGGUGGAUUCGUCGCCCUUCUACGCCUCGACCUCGCCCCCCAACAAAUCGACCCCUCCGCCGACGCAGACGAAGAUGUCCCAGGUCUCCUGGAGAAAGUCGCGACGCAAGUGUGCAUAAACCUCAAACUAUAUGCGGACAAGUACCAGGAAGAGUUCCAGCCCUACGUCACCGUCUGCACGCAUGCAGUUUGGGAGAAGAUGCAGAAGAUCACGUCGAAGCAGCGGUACGACUUCCUCGCCGCCGCGGCGAUGGACUUCCUCAGCAGUGCUGCGUCGACCGCGUGGCAGCCGCCGGAGGGGGCGCCAGAAGGCACGUCCGGAGAUCCGUUUGCGGAUGCAAAUCUCCUCAAAGAAAUCUGCGAAAAAAUAAUCGUUCCGAAUGUUCAGCUCAGCGACUACGAUAUCGAGUUGAUUGAAGACUCUCCUCUGGAGUUCACGCGGCGGGACCUGGACGGUGGCGAGCACCACGCGACUAGGCGCAGUUCCGCCCUGGAGCUGGUCAAGAGCUUGUCGAAGUUGCACGACGAGGCAAUCACGAAUUUGAUUCUGCAAAUCGUCAAUGUCUUGUCUGCACAAGCAAACAGCCUCGGAGGCGGCGAAACACUCCGGGGCGAGCGCCUUGUUGACGCUAGCACCUUUCUGGUGAUGGCGAUCGGCAUUCGCGGCACAACGCGGUUCCGCGGUGUCCAGACAGUCAACGCCCGCGUGGAUGUGGAAAACUUCUUCAAGGCUUCGCUCCUCGAGGAGCUGAAGAAACCCGACGUCAACAAACACGUCAUUGUCCGCGUCGCUGCCAUCAAAGUCAUUGCGGCUUUCCGGAACAAGUUCGACGUCCAACUGCUUCACGGGGUGCUACCGCUGUUGGUUGCUCACUUGGGCUCCUCGCAAGUCAUUGUGCACACGUACGCGGCGAACGCGCUGGAGCGGCUCUUGAACACGAAGCAGAACGGGAAAUUUAAAAUCGACAAAGCCUUGGCAGCUCCUUUCCUUAAGCAGGCAACUGAGAUCCUUCUUCGACUUUUGGAGACGACACGAAGCCGGGCGUCGACGGAUGGCCUCUUCGAGAACGAGUUCAUCAUGAGCUGCCUUCUGCGGAUUUUCAUAUUUCUGAGGGAAGACGCCAUGGAUACAGCGAUGCCGGCGCUCUCCGUCGUCCUCGCAUGCAUCCAAGCUGUCGCAGCGAAGCUGUCGAAUCCGUCCUUUUCUCAUUACCUUUUCGAGUGUCUCGCCACCCUCGUCAAGAUCGUCAGCGCUUCAACGGAGCAUCGAGCCCAAAUGGAAGCGCAGGUCGUUCCGGUCCUGAGCGUCCUCAUUCAGCAAACACUCCAUGACUUCAUCCCCUACUGCUUCCAGGUCUUAGGACUCCUUCUGGAGACUGCAGAAGACCGAAACGCGGCGACAUCCCAGCUGUAUAUUGAGUUGUAUAGACACCUGCUUCAGCCGAGUGUCUGGGCGGUUUCCCAAGGGAACGUGCCGGCACUCAUUCGCCUUAUUUCGUCUUAUUGCCGGCGUCACGUCCUCUUCACUGAUUUGAUCAAGGAGAACAUGCAAACCCUUCUGGAGAGAUUCCAGUACUGUCUUUACCAUAAAAAGCUGAUGAGUGCCUCUUUUGACCUGCUCAAUACCGUUUUCAAGUUGCUUCCAUUUCCAUUCUACGCCCAGUACUUCAACAUGAUUCUCACGGUCCUCCUCAAACGCGUUCACGAAUUGAACAAGCGGCACUCUGUGUGCCGCGAUGUGUGCCUCUCUCUCAUGGUCUUCCAAUGCAAAAGUGAAGAUCCAUCAACACUCGUGAACGCGCUCGAGGCCAUCCAGCCGAACUUGUCGCAGCAGGUUCUUUCGUUCAUUGUCCUGCCGGCGGUGGCAGCAUCACCGACCUCGCCGCUCCGCGUGAAGAAAGUGCUGAUACUUGGUUUGGCGCGCAUGGCCACCUGCCCUGCAGUUACUGCUAACAAGCCGCUUCUCAGUGCGACGCUUGAAGCGCUGGCUAUGCUCAUAUCCAAGAAAGAAGAGGAAGAACGAAGUGUGCAGCGAACCCAAGCAUCAACGAAGGAGCUGGCACAGGAUGAAGAGGAUGAUACACCGGGUCUCGGAGGAGUCGGAACAGCAGCGGAGUUUGAUGUGUCUUACGCCCGGCUAGCUGCUGCCGACGUCGCUCAGUCGAAGGAUCUGGUGGAAGAAGUUACCGACGUCCAAGGGAGCGUUCAGCGGUGUUUGACCCCGUUGCGAGGCGACAUUGAAGAACUUGCGAAACGAGGCGUGAAUGUGACGCCUCUCCUUCCCUUUGUUUGUCUCUAAUAUUCGUAUAAGAAAUGCACCUAACAUGUAGGGAAGGGCAUACUACGUUGUCUCGUUCUUUCCAUCAGGCCGCAUUCACUUCACUACUGGAGGAUCUUGUUCGCGGCCCCGCUACGUUAUGUGAUAUCCCGUUUGCCGUGUAGCCUUGGUCUGACCCGUCAAAUGCUCCGAAAAGCCUGGCAACACGGUUUUGCAGUUACUCUUACUUUGCCUGUGUUUCUUCGAAAAAGAGAAAUUCUGCCG